AAGGUUCGUAAUUUUUAUCACACGUGCCUUCAACUUGGCCCCAAACACUACCAUGAAGAUAGGAGCCAUAGCAUCGUCUUUUUACAGGAUGCUGUUGGCGCUUCUAUACUACAAGGAGGCAGUUCUCCUUCUCAGUAUGACGAGAAAACCAUCUGUACGUGCAUACGCAAACAUGCCUGAUGAACUACAGAAAUAGCCUUUAUCUAUUUAUUACUUCCACUUUUUGUUGGCAAUACUUCACAUCUUUACAACAUUUAACAUUACAAAAUUCUGUUCCAGAUCCUGAGUAUAUACACAGCGAAUAUUUCUUUGGAAACUGUAAAAGGAAGAAUGUGAUAUUGUACACUCAUGUUCACUUGGAUCAUAUGGAUGUGCUUGGAAAGAUUAUAAUAAGGGGUUGGAUAGAUAUAAUAAGAAUACCCAUAUGUAUAAUACUAAGAGCGACAUCAUACGAGACUGACAUGUUCCGCAGUACGGCCUACAAUUUUCAGAUGUGUGUACCGCGCAUAACAUAUUGCCAUUCAAAGAGACGAUUUAAAUAUCAUUACUAUGAAUGGUAUUUGCCGUACAAUAUGGUUGGUGGUAUGAAUUGGGAUUUAUAUUUUUACGGGUCACCGUCAAAAGAAUGGCAGUAACUGGAAUUUUUAAUUUAUUAUCAUGUAUCAAAAUGAAUAAGUUUAAUUUUUUUUUAAAUCUUAUCAUGAUUAUUUUUUUUAUA